UGGAUCCUGCUGACUGGGCUGUUACUGAUGUUGUGAAUUAUUUCAGAACAGCUGGAUUUGAAGAACAAGCCAGUGCUUUUCAGGAGCAGGAAGUGUCAAUGAGCAUGUUGAGAUAGCUACAUCACUGUAUCCAGAACAAAAGGGAGGAGAAGCCCUGGCCACAGUUCACCAAUAACAUCUGUGUUUCCCUUACCCGUGUCUGGAGCUGUCAGUGCUGUGGAGCUGCUGUGCUGGCCCUGGUACACAGAAAAUAUUUACAGAGAAGUAGGGGAUGCUGCCAGUUCUUUUCUCACCAUUCCGGCACUGCUCAGCUUCACAAAAGCGGAUCCCGUCAGGAACACAUAUGAAUGAGUGGAUGUGGGGAACGCCAUCCUGCAAUUUAGAGCAGACAUUGUCAAAAACAUAGCUUGUCCACUGUCAUUCUGUUGCCCAAAGAAGCCGGGAGCAGUUUCCGGCGGCUCCCAGGAGCCCCUGCCCCGCUGUGCAUGGCCGGCCCUGCCCUGGAGCCCGGUUUCCCAGGCGGGGUGCGCUCCCCGCUCCGUGGGCAGGAGCUCCGGCAGCGCAACUUCUCCUUUCAGAGCCGCUCGGGACUCGCCCUGCGCAGCCGGGAAAGCAAAAUGCCGGCGGGAUCUGCUUGGUGCCAGCCUGCUCUGCUCUUACUCCUCUCCUGCGUUCCCCUGUGGGCCGCUGGGAUUUCCUGCAGGAAUGAAGAUGGGGAGACGGUGGACUGGUUUGCUCUUUACAAGCUGCCAAAGCAUGCCAAAGGACAGAUUCCCCUGCUGGGCCUGGAAUACCUGUACAUGGAUGCUCUGACUCCACAGUGGCAGCUUGGUAAACACCUCAUCAACAUGAGCCAGGGUGCUCUGGGACAAACACUGCAGCAGCUCUAUGAGACAUAUGAAUCCAAGAGGAACACCACUGCAUAUGCAAUAUACAACGAUGAGAUCCCUGAAUCAGACUCCAAAGGAUCAAAAUGUGGACACACCAAAGGAUUUCUGCUCUUGGAUAAAUCACAAGGCUUCUGGGUGAUUCACAGUGUGCCCCUGUUCCCUCCCAGCCCUGAGGAUGGUUAUGGAUAUCCAUCUACUGGGGAGUCCUUUGGACAGACAGCCAUCUGUAUAACCUUCAAAUAUGAUCAGUUCACAGAAAUAGACCAACAGAUGUUGAGUUAUAAUCCAGGAAUCUACAGCUGUUCCAUCCCUGACAUCUUCCAAGCUGAUCUCCCAAAUCUCCAGAAACUCUGUGCAAAGUCCAGGCUGCCCUCGCCCCCCUUGUACCACCUCUCCAAGCUCCAGUCAGCUCAGGGGGAAACGUUUCUCCACUUUGCAAAGUCACACUUGUUCAUAGAUGAUAUCUAUGUGGCCUGGAUGGCUCAGGAGCUGAAGACUGAUUUGUUGGCUGAAUCCUGGCAGCGUUCUGGCGAAAAGCUUUACUCAAAUUGCUCUCUUGACUACCACGUCUACAACAUAAACAUAAUAGGGAUGCCUUUGAACUCCACCUUCCAUUCCAUUAAUGAUCAUUCCAAAUGGGCUGUUUCAAGGAAAUACAAAGAUCAGUGGACAUGCAUUGGGGACUUGAACCGUGCUGCCGAGCAAGCUUGGAGAAGUGGUGGGUUCAUCUGUACCCAGAAUGAACAGAUCUACAAAGCCUUCAGGCAUUUGAUAAUCCACUAUGAAAGCUGCACUUCUGCUCCCAGAUAGCUCUAACAAACAUUCCUCCCAACCAGCACAGCCCUUGUUACAUGGGAAGUGUAGGAAAUCUCUCUCUCUCUGAACUGUAUUUUCACUCUGAAAAGCAGCUCUGUGAGUUCCCAGAUGUGCUAGGCCAUCCCCUUGUUAGCUGUAGGAGCAGGUGAAGGGCAGCUGCUUUCCUGUGCUGUGGGGCCCUCAGGGGGUGUGUGCUGGGCCCUGCUCUGCUCCCUGGCUCCUGUCACCAUUCCCCAUGGCAUGGCAUGGCAGGGACACUGCUGCACGGGGCUGCACCAAAGCACAUCUGUGUGCACACCCUGACGGGCAUCCCUGGGCUCCUUGGGAGUGGGGCUGGACCUGGGAUGUGAGGGACAGCAGGAAACUCUCCCUUGAACUGGGCUGGCAGCACUGGCAGGUAGCCAGGGAUAAGCACCCCCAGGUGCUUCAGAACUGCCCUGGAUUUCUGGCACUUGAGAUAAAUCACAGCAUUUCUGCUCAGCUUGGGCUGAAUCUCUAAAAGAGCUGAGAAAAUUAGAUCCAGACAGGGAGAUGAGUAGAUCUGAGGACAGGAAGGCCUCAUUUUUACAUGAUUCAUUUUUAGAGAAUUAAUGAACUUUAAAUCAUCUUUAAAUUAUCUGUAACUAAUAGCUUGGAAAUGUUUCUAGCACUUCUAUUAAUGUACAGCAAUUUUAUAAACAAAUAAACAUGUUCAAAAUAUGAAUAAGCAAAACAAGGAGUAACAAUAGUCUGUUUACAUUCUCCCUCUCCCAUCUGUAUAGUUAUUUGCUUAAAAUGUUUUAUGGCUGCCAAAGGAAAAAUGAGGACAAUUAGGAAAAAUUAUAAAGAGAAGAAUAUAUUUGAAGAAAGAUGUUAUUUAAUCUACAUUUUCACAUUACAUCAAAGAUGGCUGUAAUUUUCAAUAUCUCUACUCUCAGGCUUAGGAGCUGAAGUUUGCAUGGUCUUGCUAUAAAGACAAAGCUGAUUUGCAAACUCCCAAUACACUCUUGUGUUCAGAUUUCAGAAGUGUAUCUGUGUUUAAUAUGUUCCUAAAUAUAUUUAUAUGUUUCUGUCUCUUCUUUUCCUGAAUUGCUAAUAUAAACUCCAGUCUGAAGAUCUGAUCUGGCUGUCCCACUGAUAUUUCUGUUUUGCUGUGUUUGUAGUCCCCACUACUGAUCCUCCACAGAAGUAGGUAUGAAGAAAUGCCCCACAACCACAAGAGGUUGCCAAAGAUUUCUUUCCCUUUUCACCCUGAACAAUCAGCCAAACAACGAAGUGUAAAAAGUGUCAAACUAAUUAAUUUCAGAAAACACUUGUGCAUAUUUCUUGAAGAGAUAGAAAUAAUCUAUGUGAUGUGUAAUGAAGGGAAUUGUACAGGAAUAGGUUUCAUAAUUAGCCACUCUGGAUUGAAGGUAGCUCGUAGCUUGAGUCUCAUGGCUCAGUGAAAAUAGUUUUGUUGCUUAGAUAUCCUGCAAGAAAUUUUUUAUUUUAUUUUCCGUGCAUAUGACCCAAUAACAUUAGAUAAAUAAUUUGUUUGAUAAUGUUCUUUCUCUGAUGCCUCUCAAACUGUUUUAUAUAUUUACUUCUUGUUUUGCUAGCUAUGGUCAAGCAACACCUUUUGUGGCAGCGAAAAUUGCCAGUGACACAGAACACUGCGCCUGGCAUGGUAGGGCUUUGCUCAGAUAAGCCAAGACAAAAUUAAUUUAUCUUGCCUAUCUUUUCAUGGCAGACACUGACCUAACCUGCCUGUCUGAGCUCUUGUAUCUUGCCCACAGCUUUGUGCAAGCACAACUUCAGUGUACAGGACUGGCAAGGAAUGCUCUGCUGGAGACAGUGCUGGCAAGCUCACCAUGUGUGUCAGGGGGUUCCUGGAUCUGUGUAACAACCUGUAUUUCCUGUAGUAUUUUCAAAUACUCAGCCACAGCACUUGGGUCACAGGGUUCAAUAGCCAAGAGUCUCGGUCCCACUGGUUGUCACAGAAGUGUUGCCAGCCUUCUGCUCCCCAGGCCAGCAGUCACCAGUGCAUCACUUGAAAUAAGUGCUGAUUGCUGUUCUUAAUUACUUGGUCAAUUAAUAGCUGUCAUAAAGUUUUACAGGACUACUUAAACAUUUGUCUUUCAUUAUACCUAAGACUGGUUGCCUCCAUUUUAGCUAUAACUGAGGAGGCAAAAAGAGCAGUGGGAAGAUGCAGAGAAACAGCUGUACCAUUCAGCCCUAUGAGCACCUCAGCAGCCUGGCUGUGCACACACUCAUUUCAGUGGUGUAGCAAUAAAAAGGCUGCAGAUCUGGUUCUCAUUUUUUGACUGUAAACAGCUUUAAUUCGGUUUUGCUUUCGUUGUGUAACUUCUGUAUUUGCAUAUCUGUGUAUUUCUGCUACAUGUUAUGAAACAGGGCCAGACUCUUUGUUUCCCUGAAGAGACUAAUAGUCAACAAAAUAAACAGUAUAGAUUUUUAAAGGGUUUGUAACUCUAAAAGUCUUAGGAAUUUCUUCAAAAAUGCCAGACCAUAAGCCACUUACUCACCCUCACAGCAUGCCCUAUGUGAGAUGUUUACUUUUUGCCUAUUAUAUAUAUAUAAAUAAGGUUUUUAAAUUUAAAAUAUGCUGUUCUAUUUUAAGAUGCCAAACACUCAAGAAAUAUCUGCCUAUUCCAGUGAUUUUGUGCUGCCUCUGCUGCCCACUGCAACCCUUUUGACUGGACAGACUGGUUCCUGCCAAAGGGGACACAUGGCAUGGCCCCUCUGCAGUUUCAGGGAGAUCUGCUCAGCAAAAUUGACUCUGCAGAAGUGCCCAAGCACUGGACCCUGGCUUGGAGAGAGAAGAAAGCUGCUGCCUGGUGUGGAAACCUGGAGUCUCUUCUCAGCAUGCAGCUGGUGACACUAACGUGAGCUGCAUUCAUUCUUGCAGCAUUGAGAGUACCACAGGCAAAAAGAGGCAAAAACUUUAAUAAAGGAAUAGGUCUACUGCAACAAAGGAAACAACAGCAAGAAACAGAGACAAGGACACAUCCUAGCCCCAUUAAUAUCAGCAGGAAUUUGCCUUCAUCUUCAGUGGGAACAGAACUUCAAAGACAUGGGAAUCACCCAUACAACCUGAAGGGUAAAAUCUGAACCUUCCAUACUCUCUGACACAAGCUGUGUUUGAGGGUGGUGGGGUAGCCCUGACACCAUGAAAAUGUCCCCAGCAGGAGUUGCAUGACCUUGGCCUGGCUGUGACCUUGUCCCUGGCACUGGCACGUGGUGUUGUUAGGACAGACCUCAGAGAGCUCAUUCCUCGACAGAAGAACCUCCCUGAAGCCCAUGAGCUGGGCACAGGUGAAGCUCCUCUCUCUUUGCUCAUGGCUGUACUUUCAGUGUCCAAAUCAGGAUGAAGUGAUAUCCCCACCUUUAUUGGUACAUUUUUUAUGUCUCAGUAGCUUAAGAUAUUCUUUCAAAGCCUGUCUCUGGCAGAAUGAAAGCUGUAUCUCCUCAGUCGUGAUUUGUGGUGUUUGAACUGAGGAAGACGAGUGGUGUGGAUAUAAAGAAUAGUUUCUUCUCCAGGAAGAUUUAAGAUCUCCCCUGAAGACUAAGAACAUAUUUAAGUGCACAUGGCCUGCUAAAUGCUGGGAAUGAGGGAAAGCCAGGAUGAGGGAACUCCUUCCUGGGCAUCUCUGCAGGUCUUGUUUGGUACUCACAUCAUACAGCAAGUAAAAAUUCAAAGAACAGAUGUACUAACAACAGAAUUAGUUUUCCUGUCCUUCCUUUAGAUGACUCCUAGUGCUUCUUCCAUUCCUGGGAAUACAUAAUAUGACAUGGUAUCAAGUUGCUGGAUGAAAAUACGUAUAAUGUACAACCUGGGGAGGUUGCUACACUCUUGAUAAGUUUAUUUGCUCCUCAUAGUCAUAUUUUAGCUCUGUGAGAAAAAGUCCCCCUCUGUGCUUCAUUAUUUACCGGUCACCAAAGUAAGUCUGACUAUAUAGACUCUUUCAAAUAACCCAGAUUCCAAAGAACAGUAGGAAAAUGUUCCAUGGGAGUGUGUACCCUAACUAAGGCCCCUCCAUCAAUUUCUAAUUAUAUUUCAUGUUUUGUAUGGUGUCUGCACCCCCAGACCACUGCAGCCAUAUCAGGAAAGCAAUGGCAAGCACUUUCAGAAAAGCCCCUUUAAAAGAGAUGUGUUUAGCACAUUUGCUUGUCUGUGUUCUAUACAGCAGUGAUUUUGUGUUUCUGAGUGUAAAGAGUUCUGUGGACAACCUUUAUUAAAGCCA